ACUUUCGAAGCGAAGGAGCUUUUUACGCGUUUGCAAAAAUUUUCUGGAAAAAAAUAAUAAAUAAACCUGGAAAAGUAUUCGUUCUAAAAAUUAAAUUCGACAAUAAUAGCUACAUGAAAUCGGCGUCCCUGUUGUAUCAAAUAGAGGACAUAUUUGUGUUCACCCGUCACUCGACCAAAAAGCUUGAACGCGUCAAAUGCUUUGUGAACAACAUAACAUAAACACCUGCGUCAAUUCGAUCAGUAUGUUCGUGAGUUUCCAUUUGCGCGGAUUGCAACUGGAUGCGUCUCGUCGUUUUUAGUUGCAUUGAAUUUUUAAUUUGUUGUUAGUGUUUUGUGGUCGAGGAAUUUAAUAACACGGCCAAAAUAUUGAUAAUCAAAGGCGUAAAAUAAUACCUUAACAAAAAUCGUUUCGUGUUUCGUGAGAUAUCGGUACGUGCGUGUAGUGGAGAGUGAUUAAUAACAAAAUAUACCGGCAGUUAACAAAAGUGGUAUUAUUUAUCAAUGAAUAAUCGAAACAACACAGAAUAGAGCGUUUCGUUAAAAGUCAAUAAAGUUUGUUAGAUUAGAAGUGAAGAAAACAGAAAAAAAUGUUCUUUGUUUAUAUUUUCCAAAUAUAAACUCUUUGUGAAUUAAAAAAGCAAACGUCAGCCAAAACAACCACCGCUCGUUUAUCCUCCCCCCUUUCGAUUGGAGUAAACACAAAGCAAGUGAAGUUUAACAAGUAAUCGCAUAGAUUUGGUUUGUUGUUGUUUUCCAUCAUGACCUUUCGAGUGUCGCCAAUCUGGUGCCUUCUUUUUUUGCUCUUGGGAUGCAUGCACUUCAAGGUCAAUUACGCAGCAGCAAGUGAUGACACAGGAACAAAUCCUUUGACAUUUUCCACAAAUGAUUGUUUCCUCACCGAACCGGUCUAUGGUCAUGUAUUUAACUUUAGUACCUUGCAAACAGAUUUUGCUCAUUGGACGCGAGGUGCAUUUGGCGAUACCUUUGAAUUUAAUAUUUGUGGAAAUUUAACCAGAACUUGUAAUGGACGUUCCGAUGUAGCUGCUUGUUUGAAAAAGGCCAACAAUAAAGAAUAUGUACUGGGAACCCAUCAUCAAUUGGAAUACCACAAUGGCAAAAUGUAUUUCACAUUUUCCAAUGGUGAAAAGUGUCCAAAUUCAUCGGAAAAUUAUAAAUUACAUGUGUACAUGGGAUGUGAUUAUACACUGGACAAAGAUCAGUCACGAGUGACAUCUUAUUCACCCAAUACCUGUUCGUUUUACAUAACAUUUGAAACACCAUUAGCAUGUUUACCCGAACCGGAUAAUGUUAAAGGCAAUGAUUGUUCGGUACGUGAUCCCAAGACAGGUCAUCUUUUUAAUCUUAUGCCGCUAAGUGACAGUAAUUAUAGAAUAAGUGAUCGUCAAGGUAAUGCAUUUAUCAUAAACGUCUGUAAACCUGUCCUGUAUGCCGAAAACGCAAUGUGUCCUGCAGAGAGCAGUGUAUGCUUUCAAAAGCCCCAUGCAGAUUACAAGGAAAAAUUCUUCAAUUACGGAACUGUACAACCCAAACCAACAAUUGAGGGCGAUAAACUCGUUAUUCGCCAUUCCUCGCCAACACCAUGUAACGGCGCCACAAAUUAUUCAUCAAUGAUCAAUUUCUACUGUGAUAAAGAUGCUAAGAAUGUCCAUCCAGAACUAAUGGGUUUCCAAGAUUGCGUUUAUACAUUUUCCUUUGGAACUCCGUUGGCCUGUAAUGAAUUGCCACCCUGUACUGUUGUGGCUCAUGACAACGAAAUCAUUGAUAUGAGUCCAUUAAGAAAUUCAAAGUUCACACUGCAACAGGACAAUCAGAAUUAUGUUCUGUCGAUAUGUUCGGCAUCGGGAGAACCAUGCAUGGAAAAUGAUGGUGCAUGUCUGCAGGUCAAUAAUCAAUCAACCAGUCUGGGCAAAAGCAAUGCCCAUUUGCGUAUUAACCAGACCGGUACCCCGUAUCUACUCUAUGAGGACGGUGCCAUCUGCCAGCAGACAUCGAACUCCGGCUUGACCAAGUGGUCAACAAAAAUAGAAUUCGUCUGUGCCAAUCGUACGGAAGGCAGCAACAGCAAGGAUAAAAAUGUUGGCCCUAAAAUAAUUGAAAAUUCCAAUUGUCAACUGCUAAUCCACUAUCAAACUGAGCUGGCGUGUCGUGAGCAGAUAAGUUGUAAAACCAAAGUCUAUGUCGAACAUUCGGAAGAUGGUACCGGCAUGGAUUUCAUCGAUUUGACACCCCUGAUUUCGAACACAGAUAAUUAUGAGGCUGAAAUUGAUGCGGCUUUAAUGGGACAAAAACAGCUGCUGGGCAAAUCGACAAAGAUCUUCCUAAAUGUAUGCCGACCAUUAGUACCCAAAUAUGCUUUGGGCUGUCCAGGAGGUUCAGCUGCUUGCAUGGCGAAAAUUGAUAAAGAUACCGGUAAACCGGAAGAGGAAAAGAGUCUCGGGUUCCCAUUGGCCUCAUUGGUGGCAACAAAUCGUACUGCAGCAGAAUUGCGAUACCUUUUAGGUUCCCCAUGUCCCGAGGAUAAAAAUACUCUCAUGUCGUCAAAAAUUGAAUUCAACUGUGAAAUGAGAGCUGGUCGAGGUGUGCCGAAGUUGCGUGAAAUCGUUGACUGUCAUUACCAAUUCACAUGGGCCACCAAUGUUAUUUGCCCGCCACACAUGUGCAACUUCAAUGAGCAGACCUGCGAACUAAUGAAUGAUGAGCUAAAUGUCGGAUACAAUUUAAAAAAGGCCUCCUUUGCCAAGGAUGGCAAGCUUCAGGUUGUACGGGAUAAAGAAGUAUUUACUUUAGACUUUUGCAACUCACAUCACAAGGCUGUCACGGAUUAUAGCCAAGGUUUGGUAAAUCUUUUCUUCACCAACAAAGGUUCCUGUGAUUCCGAAGGUCUCAUCACCGUACAAAUGCGUUUAAUUUGCAGCAACACAACGGAAUCUUCGACAUCAUUUAGUGGGUGCUAUUUGCUGUACAUUCAAAAGACUCCCGAUAUUUGUGACUUUUUGGGUUUAAAAUUGACGACAACGGUGAACCCCACUUCUUCCCCGCCAUCGUCUGCCGUCACCACAGACAAGCCCAAUACUACCUCAAAACCAAAUGGUCAACCCAGCUAUCCCACUGAAGAUACCAGUCAACAGCAUCCUGCCGAAAAGACGGGAUCCAUUGGAGUCAUUUUGGCAUCCAUAUUGUCGGUUACAUUUGUCGUGGCCUGUCUGGGUAUGUUUGCCUUUUCACCGGAACGCCGUAAUAUGGUGAGACGUUUCUUCAAUCGCUCCACUUCAUCUGUAAGAUAUAGACGGGUAAACAAUAGCGAAGAAGGCAGUUUGCUGUUAAAUCCUAAUGGCGAGUUUACCGAAUCGGAUGAUGAAGAUAUGCUGCUUUAAGGGAAGGAUAAAGAAUUCUCUCUUCUACACGAUGAUGACACGCCUACACCAAAACGAAAACGUUCGUCUUCUAUGCUCUGUGUAAAUUUUACCUUUUUGUGACAACAACUCAAAAGACAACAACCUAUAUAUUUUUCUAAAGCAUUUUAAAGGUAUUUGCAACAUAAAAAAGUAUUGAGCUUAAACAUUUUUGAAUAAAUUAUUUAUAUAAAAAUAUUAAAAAAUGUAUGUAUGUAAAAAUAUAAAAAAAAACUAUGAACUGAAUAUUUACAAACCACAAAGAAAAUAAUGAAGCAAAAUGUAGAAAAGUUUUGGAGAAGCCUGUUAUUGAUAUUUUGAAAAUCAUUAACUGGGUUAAUUUUCGAUUUUGUUUUCGAAAGGGAAAAAAAUAAAAAUAAUAAAAAGACAUGAAACACCAAAGAUCUGUACAGGGUGUUCCAAAAUGUAAUGGCUGGCAUUAAAACAUUAUAUUAAGAAAAAAAUUAAAAAAUGGUCAUUACAAAAA